UUUGAUGUUAGGUUAGAUCAGAUCAGGUCAGGUCAGCUCGACAGAGUGUCCAUGCUCUCCCCUGCCCUGUUUACGCGUCAAAAUAGGUCAAACAAAUUGGGUGAAACGGAUUAUAUCAAAAUUGCCAUCGCAUUAUCCAAUGUGGAAUACAAUAUUGUUUACCAAUACGAUGAGUACAGUUAUACAUUGGAGGUUUGGGAUAGGGUCAGUAACCACUGGUUACUGACCUAUCAGUAAAUACACGGGAGCCGUAAAUCUGGGGGAUGGAGCAAUCGUGUGGUUGGCUGGACGCGGGGGUGGGGAGGGGGCAUUUUUGUCCGUUUUUGUAUUUUUAAUUUUUUAUUUAUUUAUUCCGCAUUUAAAUGACUGACUUUUCAAUGAAAGAGAGAGAAUAAUAUUUUCUUUGUAACUCUACUUUCUUCCUUCUCUCUUCCUUUUUUCCAAUCUCUUUCCAGAUCCUUUCUCUUUCUCUAUUCCUUCUCUCUUACUUUUUCUCUCACAAUCUCCUUUUCAAAUCUAGAUCUGCUCUCUUCCAUCUUCAUUUUUUUCUCUAGCAAUCGACGAAUAAAAAUUGAAGUCACCCUCUUUAAUUGCGUUUCUUCUCUUCAUCAACUCGUUGGCUUUAAUUUCGAUAUUUCUCCUUUUUUUGGCGUUUGGUGUUCUUUGGUUGCGGACGAAAUGAGAUGAGACUUAAGACAAGUUUUUUUUCUCUCCCUCCUUUUGUUUUUUCCCCUUUUUUUUAGGUAACGAAAUAUAUAUUGGUAUUACCACUUUAUACCAUAUGGUAUUACCACUCUAUAUCAUAUGGUAUUGGGUGGUAACGAAAUAUAUAUUGGUAUUACCACUCUAUACCAUAUGGUAUUGGGUGGUAACGAAAUAUAUAUUGACAUUACCACACUAUACCAUAUGGUAUUGGGUGGUAACGAAAUAUAUAUUUGUAUUACCACUCUAUACCAUAUGGUAUUGGGUAACGAAAUAUAUAUUGAUAUUAUCACACUAUACCAUAUGGUAUUGGGUGGUAACGAAAUAUAUAUUGAUAUUACCACACUAUACCAUAUGGUAGUAACGAAAUAUAUAUUCAUGUGGCAAAAAUUUUCAUACCAUAUGGUAUGCUCUUAUUUAAUACCAGUCAAUAUCAUAUGGUAUAGUCAAUACCAUAUGGUAUAGACUGGUAAUAACUGGCAAAUUUUUUUGUGUUCAAAAAAUAUCAAAGUGGAUAUCAUUUUGAAGAGCACAAUUAAUCUGAUCUAACUGUGCAAAAAAAUUAAAUUUAGAAACGAGUGAGAAAUCGUCCGUUAAAGAUUAAGGGAAGGAAAAUUAAAUGUUUUGCGAGUAGAGAGAAGGAGGCGCUGAUGUGGUACGGUCAAAAGUCAGCCUCAACAAUAAAUAGGAGAAAGUGCAAUUUUACCGUACUGCCCUUUUUACAUUUAAUUUAAAUGAAAAAAAUGACUGACACGUGGGGACCAUGGAAGAUGUUACUGAUGAGUUACUGACCCAUCAGUUACUGACCCGAUCUGGACCCUACAUUGGAUCUAGUGGAUUCCAACUCGUGAUCCAUAUGGGAAACACAACUGAUAAGUGACUCGUCAAUUUCCCCCUGUACUAUUUCAAAAUCGUAAACGUGUAUUAUUUCAUUACACUGCGCCUCCUCCAAUAAAUACAUCAGCCAAACAACCUUUGAAUCCACGAACCAAUAGAGAAUUCUACAAAACUUGCUUUCCCUCGAGAGAGAUAUACAAAACUUACUUUCCCAUGUCCAUGGCCACCGGAGCUCUUCUCCCCAGCAAGCCCCUGACGCCGUCCGUCAACCACCGUCGUCUGUUCCCCGGCAGGCCCACCAUCACAAUAUCGGGACCACCAACAACGACGUCGUUGUCGCUGCCACUACGAUCGUCUCCUGACUAUUGGGCCUCCGCAAACGCCGACAUCCAGGCCCAUCUCGAGCGGGCCAUUCAGAUCCGCCACCCGCUCGCCGUCUCCGAGCCCAUGCGCCACCUCACCUUCUCCGCCCCGGAAACCACCGCGCCGGCGCUGUGCCUCCUCGCCUGCGAGCUCGUCGGCGGCAGCCGGGACCAGGCCGUGGCAGCUGGGUCGGCCUUGCGUCUCGUCCACGCAGCUGCCUCGGCCCACGAGGGACUCCUGUCGUCUCGGCCCAGGACGGAUGGGCCUAAUUUCGGGCCCAACAUCGAGCUGCUGACGGGAGAUGGGUUGACCCCUUUUGGGUUCGAGUUGUUGGCGAGGUCCGAGCCCGACCACUCCAACCCAACAACUCGAGCCGAGUCGAGCAGUCGGGUGUUACGUGCGAUUAUCGAGAUCGCACGUGCAUCCGGCUCACACGGUAUGGUGGAGGCGCGGUACAACGAGAUUGAGAUGAUCGACGGCAGCGGCGGCGACGACGAGGAGUGGGUGGAGCGGGUGUGCAAGAAGAAGGAAGGUGAGAUCCACGCGUGUGCUGGCGCGUGUGGGGCGAUAUUGGGUGGGGGAGGGGAAGAGGAGAUCGAGAGGUUAAGGAGAUAUGGAGUGUAUGUGGGGAUGAUUCGAGGGAUUGUAGCAGCGAAAAGGGUUGGAAGAGGAGGAAGAAGAUGGUUGGAGAGAAAGGUUGGUGAGCUAAGAGAGUUGGGUUUGAAUGAGUUGAAAGGUUUUAAUCGAGAAAAAGUGGAGCCUAUUGCUAGCCUUAUGUUAACUUCGGAGCAUGAUAGAAGAUUAAGGAUGACUGAUUAGUUCAUUAUGUAUUAGGUGUGUAAAUUCAAGGUUGUCAAACCGGUUUGUGCCAGUGUGCCGGUUUAGCAAGUGGAAUGGUUCGAUUGGUGGUACAUACCGGUUUGUGCCGGUUCAUGCCGGUUAAUAUUACAAAUAAUUUACAAAUACUCAUAUUUAAGCACGACAUUUAACGUCAAUACCUAAAUAUUUGGACUUGAAUCCAACAAAUAACAUCAACAUUUAACUUUUUAACACAUAAAAUAAAUAAUAAAUUACUUUUUAUCAAAUAAAUUCACUAAUAUAAGAUCAUUUUACUUAGAGACUCGUAUAUCGAUCAUGCCGGUCAUACCGGUGGUGUCAUACCGAUUUUAUGUCCGAUACAGGUUGAACCAAGUUCAACCAGUGGUACGUCGGCCGGCGUGACAACCACUGUACUUGAAAAGUUCUUGUUGGUUUUAGAAAGUUCUCGCGAGCCAAUUGCAUGUACUUGAAAAGUUCUUGUUGGUUUUAGAAAGUGCAUUGUGCACGAAAAUUAUGGUGAAAAUGCUACAUAUAUGAUGCUUAUUUCAUGUAGUUGGAUGGGUCGGUUGAGUUUGCUAUCACAACCGACCCACCCGUUCAAUAAUAGGUUGGUCGUAUGAUUAUAAUUCGAUGUCAAACUUGUAUUUGUUUUCUCGUUAGAACCAAUAGAAUGUGCAUGAAUGCAAUUGGCUCGCGAGUUGUUCGAAAUUUACAAUGAAUGCUAUUAAACUUGUUUGAUCGCGGGUCAAUGGUUCUAUGAGGUUUCGAUGUUGCGGGUAUGAUUAGGGGUUAAAGGGUAGUUUAGUAUUUUAUUAGGUUUAGUCGAUUAGAGUUUCUGGUCAGCGUCUAUAUAAUGUACUUUAGGGAUAUGAAUGAAAAAACUAAUCAAAGUAUCGUUAGAAUUAUCCCUCUUCUCUCCAGUCUCUUUCAAGAACCCCAAUCCCAAUUCUGAAUCAUUCAAUUCUGCCCCAAUUCUCUUCUAAAUCAAUCUAAAUCUCUUUCUAAACUCUAUCUUGUUACGUUAAUCUGGGUGCCCAAGAUCUGUGCCUACAACAUUCGACUACAGAGGACUUUGAGAUCAACGGUUUGUUCGAUUAGCAUAUGCCCAUUAACAGGAUUGUGAAAGGGUUUAGUGAGAAUGGGAGAGACGAAGCCAAAAAGUCAUUUAAACUACAGAUUCGAGAGUUGAAAGACUAUUUAUAUGAUUGGAGAGAUCAUUUUAUAUAUAUAAUUGCAAACUAAUAUCAGUAAUAUUGGUAUCAGAAAGCAGAAAACCAAUCAAAAUCCUUGAAACUAAAGAUUCUGGCAGUAUAUGUUUUAGCCUGGAAUCAUCAAUCAGACUUUUCCAAAAAACAGCUUCACGGAUUCAAAUUUACCGGCCCCUCAAGCCUCCACGUCAGCAGGGGUUUAAACCAAUCACAAUGGAUCUAAGGAAAAACCGUCUUCCAUAAAAAAAAAAUAACUCUAAAGAAGAAAAAAAAUCUAACACCCCAAAAUGCCGGCUCGCCUUCUUCAUCUCCUCCGUAUCCCGACCUGCGAAUCUGUGACGCGUAACCGCCGGCUACUGGCUCUUCUCCGAUGACUAACUAUCCACUCCCUCUCAUCCUCCCUCUAAAACCAUACCCCCCGACACCGCAUCUGCUAUUCGCCCUAAUUUCCAAACUUGCAGCGAUGGAGUUUAUCAUUGAAGGAGACGUCGUCGGCCAUCCAUUUUGUGCCCGUUAAUAGCAGGGACGCCUAGGAGUAGACCUCUCAUCACAUUCCAGACCUAAGUUGGCCCCGUCAUCUCUUCAUCUUCGACCCCAACUACCACCAACAAGACGAACUCACUCAACCUCCCCUGUCGCCGUUAAAUUGUCCGACAGACGGAGGAGAGCUGCCAUUCUCCGUUCCAACGACGUAAGAGACUGCCCCUUCAAGACUCCCUCCGAUUACCAUUAGCCGUUCGAGUCCUGCCGCACCAUUACCGGCCGCUGCCUCCAUUAAUCCAGUUAAAUA